AUGCCUAUGGAACUUUCCCCAUUCCUCAAAGACCCUAUAAUGGCCCCAAGGCAGAUUCAUUCUCUGAAGGCGUUCAGAGGACUCAGUGAACAACCAAUCGUAACCGGUACCUCCGUCCUCGCGAUUAAAUACAAAGACGGCAUCAUGAUGGCCGCGGACAACCUCGCCUCGUACGGUUCCCUCGCGCGAUUCAAGGACGUCCCCCGUCUUCAAGCUGUGGGCACGCACACGGUUGUAGGCGCUAGUGGCGAUAUGUCGGAUUUCCAGUACCUCCAGAAAGUGCUGGAUGAGUUGAUUGUGGAGGAGUUUACGAAUGCGGACGGGCAUUCGCUUGGGGCGAAGGAGAUUCAUGAGUAUUUGAGCCAGGUUAUGUAUGCGAGGAGGAGUAAGAUGGAUCCGUUGUGGAAUUCGCUGUUGGUUGGUGGUGUUGAUAAAGGCGAGAGGUUCCUUGCGUAUGUGGAUUUGUUGGGUACGACGUAUUCUGCAUCAACGCUUGCGACUGGGUAUGGUGCCUACCUUGCGCAACCGCUUUUGAGGAAGGAGGUGGAGGGAAGGGAGGAUACCCUGACUGAAGACGAGGCUAGGAAGAUCCUUGAGAAGAGUAUGAAGGUGUUGUUCUAUCGGGAUGCCAGGAGUUUGGAUAAGUACCAAAUUGCGACGAUUACGGCUGAUGGAGUGAAGAUCACUGAUUCGCAGAGGUUGGAUACGUAUUGGGCGUUUGCGGAGGGUAUUAGAGGGUAUGGUGCGCAGACUCAGUAG